UGAGACAAGAAAUGCUUUGUCACGUUUCACACUUCGGCCCGUGUGUGUGUGACAGCCAUUAGUCAGCAGGACACACACAUUUAGGCGCAUUUUGUCUUGUCGGGCCUGGUUUGCAGUUUGACCGGAUGCAGUUUUGAAAUUAUCAGCUCGUUGCUCUCUCUCUCUCUCUCUCUCUCUUACUCUCUCAUAAACUCUCUCUCUCUCUCUCACACACACACACAUAUACACACACACAGUCGACUGUCCUCUGGCCGUGUCUCUGCUUUGUUUUUCGUCAUAAUGGCUGUAAAUAAAACCUACAUUAGUGUCGGCUAUGCCUCGUUUGGUAUGCUCAUGGGGUUUUCUGCUUUCUUGGUGUGGAACAUCGUGUUCAAGCAGCCGUGGACUGCAGCCAUGGGAGGACUGUCAGGUGUGCUGGCACUGUGGGCCUUGAUCACUCACAUCAUGUACCUGCAGGACUACUGGAGGACCUGGCUGAAAGGCCUCAAGUUCUUCUUCUUCAUUGGGGUGUUCUUCUCUCUGCUGGCAGUCGUAGCCUUCAUCACCUUCCUGUCUGUUGCCAUCAGCAACAAAGAGUCCCUAACUGACCCACAGAGUCUCUACCUGUCCUGUGUGUGGAGCUUCAUGAGCCUGAAGUGGUCCUUCCUGCUCGCCAUGUGUGCUCACCGCUACCGCAAAGAGUUCGCCGACAUCAGUAUCCUCAGUGACUUCUAAGAGUGUUACACCUCCCACAGUGACCACUCAGACUCUAACAGUACACUCACUGUGCUGGCUUCCCACCCUGAGAGUGUUAAAGUGUGGGAGAGACAGAGGACACUUUAAGAUGAAUCAGGGGAGAGUUUGAAAUACUUUGUGUUGUGGAUGAGAACCAGUGCGACUUCACAGACAAAUCUCACCCAAUUUUAAAAGACCUUUGAUGCUUUUUAAUCUCUUACACUUUCACUUCCUCCACAUCCUGCUUAGUCAUGUAUCUGCACAAUUUCUUGAUGACAAGAUAAAUCCAAAAUGUGGUCAUUUCUAAACCAUGACUCAGUGAAGGGAAUUGUUAUUUCAACACACUCCUCAGCAGUAAUUAUCAGCUGCAGUUUCAGGCAGUAGCCACUAGAGGGAGUCACUCUUCCAACAAUAUCAUGUACAGUACGUGUGCUUGACAUCCCAUCUUUGUGAUAUUACAUCUAUUUUCUUUUUCUGUAUCAGUUAAUGAUGAAGUAGCCUUAUGACAGAUGUAUUUCCAUCACAAGUUGCACAUACAAAUGAUGAAAUGUGUUUGUCGCAAUAGUCAAUACAAUGCUUUAAUGUUGAUGUUGCAUCCAAGCACUGUUUAACAGAGUGUGUCAGGGUCUUGCAGAAGGGCAGGUCAUCCCAAAAUCCUGCAACAUCAAAGUGAAUGCGUUCAUGUACAAUUCCAAACAAGCACCACAUGUCUGGAUUCAAUACAUUUCUGAUCAAUGAAGGGACAUUUUUAAUGUAAAGAAGGAUUUUUUGUAUUAUUUUUAUCAGUGUGACUAAAAGCACUCAAAGAACGUGACAACAUUAGAUAUCACGAGCGUGAAGAUGGCCCUCGCUUUGGGCUUUGAUUCACAACAGCAGUGAUACCACUAAUGUGCGUGCUCAAGUAUCCAUGUCGUUUUAUGAGAUAUUGUCCUGAUCAGAACCAUUUAUGUUGUUUCUUAAUGAAGUUAUUUUGCUGUAUGUCCUUUCAGUGUUUAUGUCUGUACACUAGAAAUGAGGUAUAACAUUGUGUAGCCACAUGUAUCACUCGACUGAAUGUGAGUGUGUGUGUUUGUACAGGAGUGUGUCAGAGAGAGAGUCAUG